ACACAAACUACUGGAGGGGAAAUCUCCCCAUUGUGGGAGGGGCAGAGACACAAACUACUGGAGAGAAAUCUCCCCAUUGUGGGAGGGGCAGAGACACAAACUACUGGAGAGAAAUCUCCCCAUUGUGGGAGGGGCAGAGACACAAACUACUGGGAGGAAAUCUCCCCAUUGUGGGAGGGGCAGAGACACACUACUGGAGAGAAAUCUCCCCAUUGUAGGAGGGGCAGAGACACAAACUACUGGGAGGAAAUCUCCCCAUUGUGGGAGGGGCAGAGACACAAACUACUGGGGGGAAAUAUCCCCAUUGUGGGAGGGGCAGAGACACAAACUACUGGGGGG